AACACGAGAAAUGGCCAGCCAACAAAUUACGCAUGCGUAGUAGUGAGCGCUUUAAAACAAGUCUUGAGGAGGGAACAUGAAGACACUUGCAGGUGGACUUAAAUAACAGUCGAUGUAACCUGAAAGCGCGUAAAACCGUGUUGGUAAAAAGCAGGACAGCAGCUUCCAGUUCACAUGUGAAGUUGCUGCUGGUUCAGUCUCAGGAUGAAAAGUCGUCGUUGUGUUCGCCAUGACUCUGAGGUCCACGCUGUACCCGAACACGCGAUUCAGGCAGCACGCUGACGCCGGGGUCGCCACCGUGAGUCCCGUGAGCCUCAAGAGGGAGUCCUGCGACUUUGUUAUAGAUGUUCAAGACGUGCGGGGGGGCGAGAUCCCGAGCAAAUCAAAGGGCUUAGACCAGAAUUACAUGACAAGCAAGGUUGCCCUCGCUGGCGCUGUUGCAGAGGUAGUUAAAGGAGACACUAAAUCUGUGGGGAUAUUGUCCCCUGUCAGACCAAUGGGGGGUGAGGGAACCCCGGUGAAAGGUAAACCCCUCUCAGUUGACAAUAUGGAAAACCCUCAGAUGGCUGUGAAUAAUAACCCAAAGGAUGCCGGUGCUGAUGAAAGUGCAAAGGGGGUUGUACCAGGAGUGCUUGGCACUGCAUCCAUUGAACUCUCCUCUGAGGGCAAGUGGAGGAACAUCAGGAAGACCCCCUCCAACCCUCACACGCAGGCCAACUGCCUUCGACAGAUUCUUCUCCUCCAGCUCGACCUGAUUGAACAACAGCAACAACAGCUGCAGUCCAAGGACAAGGAGAUAGAUGAGCUCAAAGCAGACAAGGAGACGCUGCUUGCACGCAUUGAGCGCAUGGAGCGUCGCCUCCAGCUCACAAGGAAGGAUCCGCCCCGUGAUAAGCGCCUUUUCCAGCCCUUAGAGCCGUGGACCCCUGAUAAAGAGGACAUGUGGGAUCUGGAGCUUGAUGAGAGUCCGCAGCCUGACCCAGCCACACCACUCCCCUUCAGUCGGGGUGGAAAAGGUCAAAAAAGAAAAUCUUGCUUCGGAGAUGCAAAAGUGCAAAAAUCUCGGGGUAAAAGUGCCAAGCUGAGCCCGCAGAAGCCCGAAAUCGAGCCUGGCUCUCCCAAUCAGCGAGAGCUACGAAGCAAGGAAACCCCAGAGAAGACUGUUCCCACCAGGGCAGAAAAGGACACUUUGCUUCCAUGCAAAGAGGAGGGUGAGCUGAGCUGUCAGAUGGAAGAUUUGCCCUUCAUGUCAACGACAGAGAUGUAUCUGUGUUGCUGGAACCAACCUCCUCUGUCCCCCCUGCGUGAGACUUCCCCGAAAAAGGAGGAAGAGGUGGCCAGUGAGUGGACUCCUCAUGUAGUACAUGAUAUGCUGAUUGUUUUUCCAUCUUGGAGGGAAAAUAUUAUAGAUCCUCUGGAUGAAGACUCCUCCUUUAACCUCCCUGAGCCUCUGGAUGACGGCGUUUUUUUGAAACGUCACUCGAAGCUGGAGUUGGACGAGAAGAGGAGGAAAAGAUGGGAUAUCCAGCGAAUCAGAGAGCAGCGCAUGUUCCAGCGUCUGCAGCAGCGCAUGAACAGGAAGAAGGUCAUCCAGGAGACGGAGCCGGAGCUGUCGUCCUUCUAUCCUGACACCGAAGAUGUUGAAAGUAUAGUGAUCACUCCCUUCUUGCCUGUGGUUGCAUUUGGUCGGCCGCUGCCCAAACUCUCACAACAAAACUUUGAGCUGCCUUGGCUGGACGACCGCAGCCGGUGCCGCAUCGAGGUGCCCAAGAAACACACUCCUCACCGGACCUGUCGGAAGUGAAGCCCUUAAAAAGCAGCAACUGUGGGAGACAGAGAUGCUGCUCCAUACCCAGAUAAAGGAGAAAAGACAACAAAAAAAUAUUUGCCUCAUCUGGUGGGGAGGGGCACGCAUCACUUGUCGCUAUGCAACUGCUGUUGCUUUUGCUCUCCAGAGUUUUGGAAAGGGAUGGUUGAUCGCUGCAGCAGUGUCCUUGAUGUUUUCAGUCUCUGAAAGGGAGGCUGAGCCCUUCAUGCCAAAAGAUUACAGCCCCCAACUUAGCAGCUGCUCAUAAUUACACAUUCACCAGGAGUUAAUGCAUGUCCUGAUGCUUUUUGGUGGAUGUGCACCACAGGAAAAAAACAUUUGAUCAAACGUGUGUUUCUGUCAUGUUUUAUAGAUGGGUGCUGUUACAAACUGAGGGCUCUAAUCUUUGGUCCAUACAUGUAGAGGGAACUAACAGACCUUUGCGAACAAUACAACUGCAUCCUUUCCACGCCUGCUCUCCCUGCUUCAGUGGGGGCAAUCCGACUGUAUCGUGCUGUGUAUUGCCUAUAUCAUUCGCACACAACUUCAUUAAGAUUUUAAUCGAUGUUAGGUGUGAUUAUUGGGAGUUUUGGACAGCAUGACUUCAUAUAUAGAUACACACACAUACACACACACACACACACACACACCCAUAUACACACACACACACACACACAAAAGAAUCGAGCCAAUCCAAUGUAAGGAAAAAAAUGUAAGCAAUUGGAUGGUUGUGGGGUUUGAAAACAAAGCCACAGGAAAUGAGUCGGGUGGUAAACUUGGCGUUGAAUCCCGUAAUCUGUUCCCUUUUUUUUGUUUCUGUUAGUUCCUCUCUUUAUGUGAGUUGCAUGGACUCUAUUUAGCUGUUGCCAAAUAGUAAAAAAAAAAAAAUAAAAAGUAUUAGCAUGGCUUUGCCCCAAAAUGGAGAAGAAUUUCUGCUCAUUGGGCUGCAAAAAUACUGUUGUUGAAAGCAUGACCUGUGACUGCUUGGUUCGGCCGAUCGGAGAAUAACAAAGUGCAGAUUUGAUCUUUGUUUCUUGCUUCCAGUCAAAACUGCGCUUAUAUCCAGUAUAAACAAGUUACGUGUACACAUCAGGCUCCCAAAGUUGGCAGGGGGCGCUUUAGAGAAUAAAGCUUUCUAGCUGUAGUUAGUGUGCGCUCUUUAACACGCUGCCAGUUUAUCGCUCCCUGUGCGAGUUCAUUUCAGUCAGUUGCACUGUUGGGUUUCUGCAGAUGUUUUUUCCUCCUCGUUGCGUUCGCUCGACCUCUUCUACAUUUGAUGCAGCAGCUUCAACGCUUUGAGCCGCCCAGUGUGCGCGUGCACAGGCGGCUCAUUCUGGAAAUAGUCUUUUUUUUGUUUGUUUGUUUUUCUGUACAUAGCUUUCAGAAACAAAUGUACAUAAAACAUGGCUGUUAUUUUUUUAUUAUUUAAUGUUGGAAGUGUUGAGUACAUUCAAUAUUGUUCUAUGAUUGUAAGUUGACAAAUUGACAGUUUUGAA